AUGGAAACAGUUGUUGAUAUAAGCAAAAAUGACUCUAAUCGUCAAGAAGAAUCUGCUCCAUCACCUAAUCUUAUUCGAACAGCAGUAUCUAAGAUAAAACAAUCAACAAAUGACGAUCAUAUUUUAGUAUCUGAAAUUACACCAUGUAAAAAUCCGAAAUUAUUCUUCAGUUUAACCCUCCGUGCAUUGGGUGUUAUCUUUGGGGAUAUAGGAACAUCGCCACUCUAUGUUGUGAAUACAAUAUUCACUUACCAACCAACAGAAUCACAAUGUAUUGGAGCUAUCAGUUUGAUUAUUUGGAGUUUGAUCGUGUCGGUCUGUUUGAAAUAUGCAACAUUUAUUUUAAUCGCUGAUAAUCAUGGAGAAGGUGGAACAUUUGCUCUGUGUGGUUUAUUAACAGAUGAAAAGGUUAAAUUGAGUCCAAAGGUAAAACGAGGAAUAACACUGCUUGCAUUAGUAGCUGCAGCAAUGCUACUUGGCGAUGGAGCAUUGACACCUGCUGUAUCUGUUCUAUCAGCAGUCGAAGGAGUAGCUGUAGAAGCAUCACAAUUAAAUUCUUGGGUUGUACCAAUUAGUGUAAUUAUCAUUGUUCUACUUUUCCUCGCACAACGAUGGGGAACAUCAAAGAUUGGUGUUACUUUUGGUCCCAUCAUGCGUUUAACCCAUGGGAAGCGUUUGAUUAUCUGUUGA